GUCUUUGCUCGAACGUGGCGUUUCAUUAACUGAUGGUCCACAGUGUCCGUUCAUCUCACAACCACCAGCAUGUGCUAAACGGGUUGAAUACAUGACUGAAGAAAGUUUGCUGAAGAACCCCCAUGUCGGGCUCCCGAACCCUGAACCUGAGACUCUCCGAUGUUCCCUGGUGAAAGGAGACUACUUGUUUUAUCACUAUGGCUGCGAUGGCCAUGAUGAUCGGGGAUGGGGUUGUGGCUACCGUACCUUGCAGACCCUCUCUUCCUGGCUAUGUCUGAAUGGGCCACAGCAGCAAAAUCAGAAGGCCGCUCCCAGCAUAACUGACAUUCAGGAAUAUCUGAUUGUUCUGGGUGACAAGCCAGCCACCUUUCUGGGCUGCAGGGAAUGGAUCGGCACAUGUGAGGCGGCAAUGAUUCUUGACCACCAUCAUGACGUACCCUGUCGGAUCCUGCACGUGCGAGCUGGAGGGUCGGAGAUGGAGGGGGUGGCAGAGGAGCUUCACCACCACUUUAGGAUCAAUGGGUCUCCUGUCAUGAUGGGUGGGGACAGAGACAACUCAUCCAAGGGCAUUCUGGGUGUGUGUACAGGGGUUCAGGGAAGCUACCUGCUGGUGCUGGACCCACACUACUAUGGCCCCUCACUGGACACCGGGGAGGUGCAACGUCUGGGUUGGGUGGUGUGGAAAAGAGUGGACUCUCUGGAUCACAACUCCUUCUACAACCUUUGUCUGCCACAGACUGCACGGAAGUGACAGUCGAUCAGAGAAAUAUUGAGAGUAGGUGGUGCUCAACUCCUGAAAUACCAUAGACAUCUACAGACUUCUGAGAGUGGCACUGUCAGAAAUGAGGGGUUGUACUAGUAAAUGGGCAAGACUCUACUGUCUUUUAUUUGUAAAGCCCAAUGACUAAAGAGCGCCAGGAUUUCUUAGGUUUUGGUUUUAUAUUUUGGUCAAGUUUGGAUAUAAACGGUAAGCUUAGCUAAGGUCAAGCACCAGUUGCUUCAUUGCUCAUACUGAGUACUUGAGCUCUGGAUGUGAUUUCAGCAUGUUUCAACCGUGAGAUUUUGUCUUUUACCACUAGAUACAAUUCAUCCUGUCUUGUGUUCUAUAUAUCCAUGCUGUAAUGGUAGGGGCUGGCAAUAUGAAGAGUUUGUAACAAAUUGUGAUGCCUGAAUUUUUUUUUUUUUAAAAAAUAUGUUCAUAUCCAGAAAAAAAUGCUCUGUAUCAGACAGAAGGCCCUUUCUUUUACCUGUUCUAUUAUUGGUUGUGCAUGAUGGUUGCAAAACUGUGAUGCUCCCAGUUAGUUUUAUAGAAUUGUGAACAUUAUUUUUUUCAUUAGUCACUGAAAACUGAUUGCGGGCUCAAACCUGCUCGUAUGUCUUGUGUUUUUCAGGUAUUUUUUGCAAGUUCAGUGCCUUGCUAGGAUGAUCCUUGUCAGGAAUUCUCACCUUUUCUUUGUGCUGCACUGCCCUCUUGUGGGGUUCUCUAAUUUUUUUGGACAAAAUUGCUAGAAGCAGACAAGGGUUUGUUUGAAAUAUGUGCCAGAAGAUCUGUCGGUUCCAAACAGGAAACCGUACAUAUCUGAUGAAUGUCUUAGAAUAACACUGGUUGCUGGGUGGAAAUGAUUAAUGCACUGGCUUACAUUUUACAUUAAUACAUUUGGCAGAUGUUAUCUCCUAAGAUAUGCAUAAUUUGGUAUAAAGUGUGUUCAGCAAAGGAUGAAUGGCUUUAAAUACAACCACAGGAUUAUUA